AUGAGAUCUUCGGGGGAGAAUCUUGAAGUUGUUGUUGGAACCAUCGACGCUUCUCUUGCGGAGGAGCUGGGGGCCUUCAAGAAGAAGCUGGAGAGGUUGCGAGAGGACCGGGAGAGGACCGAGAAAGUGCUCAAGGAGAGAGACGGAGCCAUGGAUCUGCAGAUGACAAGUCUUCUCCAGAGAGGAGAGUCCCAGAAAUGCCUUGAGAUCCAGGUCGAUCGUCUCUUUCGAUUGAAGGAGCUCCACGCCUAUUCCUCCGUAAGCAAAGACGCAUCUCUCAUGUCAUUACUUUUAUAUCCAUUUGUGUAUUAA